AUGCUGAGCUUACAGAGGCCGGCUGCGCCGAUGGCGGCCGCCCAGGCAGGCUCCAGGCGCGCUGCGGCCCCUGGAAGGACGAGCACCCCUCGUGCAGCUUCGUCCUCUUCGGCGGCCACGGCGGCUCCCACGACGGCGCAGUGGCGCGUCACCGAUGCUGCAGUACAGGCGUCAUUCUCCUCCGUGGACAAAGCCGACGGCGUGGAGACGGAGGCGGAGGUCCGCGGCGAGCUCCCGAGCUGGCUGGUGGGCUCGUACUUGCGCAACGGGCCCGGCAACUUCGACGGCAUGCAGCACCUCUUCGACGGCUACGCGAUGCUGUGCAAGGUCCGCUUCGACGGCGCGCGGUGCUUCAGCAGCCACAAGUUCAUCGAGACGGAGGCGUGGAAGAGCAAGCGCGAUCUCGGCAAGAUGCGCUGGCGCGAGUUCGGCACCGCCAUCCCGUCCGAAAGCGGGCUCCAGAAGGCCGCGGAGUACGCGACGACGAUCCUGGGGUCGAUGGGCCUCACGCAGGGCGUCACGGACAACGCGAGCGUGAACGUCGUCCCGUGGGCGCCUGGCACGGCGCUGGCCAUGACCGAGACUGUUGCGGGGACGUACUCGGUCAGGCCAGCAUCGCUCGACACCGUGGGGCCGUUCCGCUUCAAGGACGACCUCCCGGGGCAGCUCACGACCGCGCACCCGCAGCCGGACGGCCAGGGGGGUCUAUUGAACAUUACGUCGGACCCAGUGGCGGGAUUCACGCUCUACCGCGUCGCGCAAGGCAGCGACAGGCGCGAGGAGAUUGCGCGCAUCCCGCACCGCCGGCCCGGGUUCCCGGCGUGGGUGCACGCGUUCGUCGCGACGCCCAACUGGGCCGUCAUCCCGGAGUUCCCGGCCUUCUUCAACCUCCUCGGCCUCAUGACCGACACGCACGUCGACCAGGGCGCGUACUUCAUCGAGUGGAAGCCGGAACUCGGCACGUUCUACCACGCAGUGAACCUGCGCACGGGCGAGCGCCGCACCUUCCGCGCGCCCGCGGGCUUCACAUUCCACUUCUCCAACGCCCACGAGUCCCCCGACGGCUCCACGCUCUACGUCGACGCCGCCGAGUUCGCCGACCUCGAGGUCGUCGACCGACUCAGCAUCUCGGGGCCGAAGGUCGACGCGACCAAGGGGAUCUCGCCGUCCACGCUGCGGCGCAUCGCGCUGCCGCUCGACGCCGUCGCGGCCAACGGCGGGCGCGUCGUCGACAUCCCCCGGGGGGAGUCGCUCGUUCCGCGGCCUGACGAGGCACUGGGGGGGUUCUAUGAGUUCCCUGCGAUCAACCCGGCCUGCCGCGGCCGGCCGUACCGAUACACGUACGGCGUGUGCGCGGUGCAGCCCACGCGGUUCGGCAACGCGCUGUGCAAGGUGGACACCACGACCGGCGCGACGACGGUGUGGCACGAGGACGGCGCGAUUCCGGGGGAGCCGACGUUCGUGCCGCGGCCGGACGGCGCGGGCGAGGACGACGGGGUGCUGGUGUCGGUGAUCACGGGCGGCGACGGGCGCGCGGCGGUCGUCGUGCUGGACGCUGAGACCAUGGCCGAGCUGGCGCGGUGCCAGCUGCCGUACGAGCUGCCGUACGGGUUCCACGGCGGGUGGUUCGGCGAGGUGUAG